CCGGUUGAAGCACGCUGUGCUCUGCUCAGGACCUUGCUGGAAAGCACAGGAAAGAACUUUGCCAAGAACAUUUUUGCAAUUCUGCAGUCAGUAAAGGCGAGAGAAGAAGGCCGAGCACCUGAGCAAAGACCUGCACCAAAUACAGCACCAACGGAUCCUGCUUUACGAAAUAAGCAACCUAUUCCAGCUGCCUACAACAGAUACGAUCAGGAAAGAUUCAAAGGCAAAGAGGAGACGGAAGGCUUUAAAAUUGAUACCAUGGGCACCUAUCACGGAAUGACUCUGAAGUCUGUAACGGAAGGUGCUUCUGCUCGAAAAACACAAACUCCAGCGGCACAGCCUGUACCACGACCAGUUUCUCAAGCAAGACCACCUCCCAACCAGAAAAAAGGAUCUCGAACUCCCAUAAUCAUUAUUCCUGCAGCCACGACCUCUUUAAUAACAAUGCUUAAUGCAAAGGACCUUCUGCAAGAUUUGAAGUUUGUGCCGUCAGAUGAAAAGAAGAAACAAGGCUGUCAACGAGAGAAUGAAACUUUAAUACAGAGGAGGAAGGACCAGAUGCAGCCUGGGGGAACUACAGUCAGCGUUACUGUACCUUAUCGAGUAGUCGACCAACCUCUGAAACUUAUGCCACAAGACUGGGAUCGUGUGGUGGCAGUGUUUGUACAGGGUCCUGCCUGGCAGUUCAAAGGUUGGCCUUGGCUCUUGCCUGAUGGAUCACCUGUUGAUAUCUUUGCAAAAAUCAAAGCUUUUCAUCUCAAAUAUGAUGAAGUACGUCUGGAUCCAAAUGUACAGAAAUGGGACGUAACAGUGUUAGAACUAAGCUACCACAAAAGGCAUUUGGACAGGCCAGUAUUCCUACGCUUUUGGGAGACUUUGGACAGGUAUAUGGUAAAGCACAAAUCUCACUUGAGAUUCUGAAUCCUCAGCUGCCAUUUAUUUCCUGAAGUAUGGAUGGAGAAAUAUGAAAGGGGCUCCAGUUUGGAGACCAGAGCUCGCACUAUAUGAUCUGCCAAGAACUUUAAAAAUGAAGAAGGGUCACAGUUUAAACUUUUUAUAAAAUCUUGUUUGGAUGCUUCAUGCUAUAGCAGGUUGAUACCUGUUCUUAUUCAGAAGCAAAGGGGUUUUGCUUAAAACUAUUUUUUUAAUGUUGUUAGCCUUCUAGUCUGCAAUCCAAAUUGUAUAUUUUGAUAGCAGCGGUUUCUUCUCUGUUUUGUUAAAUUAGCCACAUUUUUAAAUAAUGUGUUUUGUUCCUUAUUAGAAAAUAGAUUGAUCUUCACUGCAGGUUACAAAUGUGUGUGUGCGUGUGCGCACGUGCGUGAGUGUAUAUAUGUGUGUGUCUGUGUCUAUAUAUAUAUAAUGUAUGGAAAAAAAAAUUAUAGACACACUUAGACACACAUAGAUGUUACCAGGCUUUUUAAACCACUUAGCUUCUGAGCUUAGUUUUGGUUUUCCUUGCUUAUUGUUUCACUUAUUGAAAAUAUUUCGUUGUGAAUGGUAUUACAUUUUAGUCAAUAGGACUUGCAAACUGAGCAAAAUGGAAAUUGUUUGGGAUAAAUCAAAAUGUCAACCUGUAUAUGUAUAUUCUGUCAGUCUUUGUCGAAAAAGGGAAGAUGAAAAAUCUAGAAAUACUUUUUGGGUUUUGUAAUGUCCCAGUUUACUAAAUCUUUAAACUUUAUUAUAGGGAUACCUUCAGGUCAUGUUAACUUUAAAUUGCCAUUCUCCACACAAAUCUCUGUUUAAACUGAAAGUGUCCCUGUGUAUGUUCCCAUCCAUCAAAAUACCUUUACAUACAAGUCCAAGUGUUACCUAGAUUAAACAGUGAGUAGAGAAGGAGAGAGUUUGGAUUUCUUUUUUUCUGAAAUAGCCAUCACCAGGAGUGAAUAGUUUCAACUUCUUUGCAUUUAUACCUCUAAUAUUAUUUUCUUGUGACAGAAGUAGCCCAGACUAUGUCUACAGGGGCUGUAAUUUUCUUAAAUCAGUGGCUAAUAGGGCCUCCUAACAGUCCUGCAUUGGAAUGGAAAAUAAGCCUGCUCCAAUUACCAAAGAACAGAUUCCUUGAUCUGCAGUUUACCUGAGGCCAGAAGACCCUGGUAUUUGAAUGAAUUUAUGGAAUCUCUGUAUCUAUUUAUAACAUGAAGUUGAUGUUGCAUACCAGUGGAUGUAGAGAAAAUGACAAAAUACUGUAACACCCACAUGUUUUUUUUUCUGGGAUAGAAAAUACAUGUUUAUAUUCCUGUUCUUGAAAUUCUAAACCUUUUUUUUUUUUUAAUAUACUUUACUCUUAAGGUCUGAUGAAAGUAAAAUGUUCUACCUAUUAUUCCUUAGUUUUGCUUUUUAUUUGAUAUUACCUUCAUUUUUAGUAAAACUAGAAGGCAUGUCUCCUUAAGAGGUUUUUAAAACUGUCUUAAACUUAUGAAGACUGAGAGGUCUGACUUCCAUUUAUAUAUUUCCACCCCUGCUAUAUUGAGACUAUUUUUAAAUGGUCUUACUGGAAACAAACAAACAAGC